AUGGAGGCCCGGUGGGGAAUUGGAUUUAUAGGGAUAGUGCUCUGUUUGGGAGUGUUUGUUGGGUUCAGUUAUGGCCAGAAAAAUGGAGGUAAUGUUACUGGUGUGUAUAUUGUGACUCUCAAACAGGCCCCAACUUCUCAUUACCAUGGUGAACUCAGAGUUCAAAAGGGCAAGCAUCUAAAGAGCAAUGGGUCCGAGAGAAUGAAUAGAUUAGAUAAACCAAGCAAUGUAUCAUCGAGGACCGGUUGGCACCACGGAUCAUAUACCGAACGCAUUCACAAUUCCUUACUACGAAAAGUUCUACGAGGUGAAAAGUAUAUAAAGCUUUACAGCUACCAUUAUCUAAUCAACGGGUUUGCAGUGCUUGUCACCCCACAGCAGGCCGAAAGGCUUUCCAGGAGAGGAGAAGUGUCGAACGUGGUUUUGGAUUACUCUGUUCGAACUGCCACUACUCACACGCCACAGUUUCUUGGUCUGCCACAAGGCGCGUGGGCCCAAGAAGGCGGGUUCGAAACUGCGGGAGAAGGAAUCGUGAUCGGCUUUAUCGACACGGGAAUUGAUCCCACGCACAUCAGCUUCUCGGAUAAAACCCCCGAAAGAAUCUACCCUAUUCCCGAUCGUUUUACCGGCAUUUGUGAAGUCACGAGGGAUUUUCCUUCUGGAUCUUGCAACAGGAAGCUUGUCGGGGCCCGCCAUUUUGCAGCCUCUGCAAUUACUCGAGGGAUUUUUAAUGCCACUCAGGACUUUGCUUCGCCGUUUGAUGCCGAUGGCCAUGGAACGCACACUGCUGCAAUUGCAGCUGGAAAUCAUGCGAUUCAAGUCGAGGUAGCUGGGAAUAAUUUUGGAAAUGCCAGUGGGAUGGCCCCUCGUGCUCACAUUGCUGUUUAUAAGGCGUUAUACAAGAGCUUCGGGGGAUUUGCUGCAGAUGUGGUUGCCGCUAUAGAUCAGGCUGCACAAGAUGGAGUGGAUAUCAUAAGCUUAUCGAUAACUCCAAACAGGCGUCCACCUGGCAUCGCCACAUUCUUCAAUCCUAUAGACAUGGCAUUACUAUCUGCAGUAAAAGCUAGGAUCUUUGUGGUCCAAGCAGCAGGAAAUACUGGGCCAUCUCCUCGAAGCAUGUCAUCUUUCAGCCCGUGGAUCUACACUGUUGGGGCUGCAACCCACGAUAGGGUCUACAGUAACUCUAUAGUCCUUGGAAAUAACAUUGCAGUUCCUGGAGUUGGACUUGCUCCUGGGACACAAAAUGAUACUAUGUACACUCUGAUAUCUGCUAUACAUGCUCUAAACAACAGCACGGCUGAGGAUGAUAUGUAUGUUAGUGAGUGCCAAGACUCGGGUAAUUUUAAUGAGGACGUGAUUCAAGGGAAUCUCUUGAUAUGUAGCUACUCUGUCCGGUUUGUACUUGGGCUCUCCACCAUCAAACGGGCUUUAGAAACUGCGAAGAAUCUCAGUGCAGCUGGUGUGGUUUUUUGCAUGGAUCCUUACGUGAUCGGUUUUCAGCUCAACCCAAUUCCAAUGACUAUCCCGGGCAUUAUAAUCCCAUCCCAAAAUGAUUCCAAGGUCUUACUCCAGUACUACAAUUCGACUCUUGAAAGGGAUAAUAACUCCACGAAAAAAAUCGUCAAAUUCGGGGGAGUCGCGAGUAUCACUGGCGGAAUAAAAGCAAAUUUCAGCAGUUCGGCCCCAAAAGUUAUGUAUUACUCUGCAAGAGGACCCGAUCCAGAAGACAGCUCGCUCGACGAUGCCGAUAUACUAAAACCGAAUAUUGUUGCUCCAGGUAACUUCAUAUGGGCUGCAUGGAGUUCUCGUGGGACCGAUUCCAUUGAAUUUCAAGGUGAGAGCUUUGCACUUAUGUCUGGAACAAGCAUGGCAGCUCCUCAUAUUGCCGGGCUCGCGGCCUUAAUCAAGCAGAGAUAUCCUUCGUUCGGUCCAUCAACUAUUGGGUCGGCACUUUCAACGACAGCUUCUCUUUACGACCGAAAUGGUGGGCCCAUCAUGGCCCAACGUGCUUAUGCUAAUCCGGAUUUGAACCAAUCUCCCGCCACUCCCUUUGACAUGGGGAGUGGAUUUGUAAAUGCUACUGGGGCAAUAGAUCCUGGUCUCGUAUUCAAUUCGAGUUACGAUGAUUACAUGUCCUUUUUAUGUGGCAUAAACGGCUCGUUUCCAGUCGUGCUGAAUUACACAGGCCAAAGCUGUGGUACUUACAGUUACACCAUGAAAGCUGUUGACCUAAACUUGCCCUCCAUCACCAUAUCUAAGCUCAACCAGUCGAUUUUCGUUCAACGGACGGUGACUAAUGUGGAUAAAAACGAGACCUACACUGUUGGGUGGAGUGCCCCUUAUGGAGUCUCGGUUAAGGUGAGCCCGGCUCGUUUUUCCAUUGCGAGUGGUCAGAAUCAGGUGCUGAAUAUAUCGAUUAAUGCAACUAUCAACAGCUCAUUCCCGAGCUUUGGGAGAAUCGGGCUUUUUGGGAACGGGGGGCAUUUGGUCAAUGUUCCCCUGUCGGUUAUUGUCAAGAUCUCGUACAAUUCUACUGGUGGCUGA